UCUUCUSAAUUUUGGUUCUAAUUUUUUAACGAGUCACGAGCUGAGAACCACGUCAUUCAGUACCGAAGUGUGAGUUUKAUUUUGAUUCAUUCGAUUUGUGUAGUAGGCAUCAACAGCUCCAGCAACUUCUCAACAGCACACAAACAUCAUCACCGUCUGGACGCGCCUUACGAGCGGUAUCAAAAACAUCUUGAUUGCAUCAGUCAUCCGAAUCUGCGUUGUUUUGACACCUCGUGUUUGUCGUGAACAACGCCAAGGCAGAUGCUGCAAACAAGUUCCUACUGAAUCAAUUUUCAAUUCUCACCUGUCAAACGAAUAACAGUACACCCCAUAAUAUACACCGUAUCAACAUCACCCUCCUCUACAGAAGCACUAGAAUUKCAAUAACAACAUCAUGUACAGAUUCKCCACCUUAGCUGUCCUUAUUCUCGCGGUCUUGAGUUCAUCCUCGAAUGCCUUCACGACGCCCAGRAGCGUCGCCGUGCGACAAUCCAGCCCGCUCGCCCCCAUGAUCCGACUGUCUAUGGCGGAAGGCGAAACGACACCCAMCCCCGCAGACCCAAUGGACGCCGCUAUCGAAGAAGAAGAAGAAAUGGACGAUGCCACGCGCGAGCAACUCGAAAAAGUCCGACGAGCGCAGGAACUCAGAGAGCAGGAGGUCUUCAUGAAAUUAUCAACCGGCAAGCACAAAUGCACAAACUGUGAUUGGGAAUACGACGAAACCAAGGGCGACAGCAUGAUGAUCGGAGGAAUGAUCAAACCCGGCACAAAAUUCGAUGAGAUGCCCGCCGACUGGAGAUGUCCCGUCUGCCGYGCCUCCAAGGACGCCUUCGCCGAGGUCGUCGAAGAAAUCCCCGGGUUCGAGGUCAACCAGGGAUACGGAUUCGGAUCAAACUCGUGGACCUCUGGACAGAAGAAUCUCGCCAUCUUUGGAGGACUUGCAGGGUUCUUCCUUUUGUUCCUAUCCGGAUACGCCAUGUCAUARGAAACCCGAUAAGCGACCGACUAUAACAAGUAUACAUUUUUUCGAUCCAACUGUGUCGAUGCAACACAGUUCUGAACCUCAUAUACAAGAGAAAAAAAGGAAAACAUCGCACUUGAAUGACCUAGCCUGYGUGCWAGUGAUGGUUGCGMCACCAUCGAUUUCUCGUGCCAAAAUCAGCAGAAUAUAUUACGAUAAUAUCAUGAUGAUCUGCUGUCGAUUAUCACAACGGGCUAUCUUUUUUUAUUUGGGCACCUUUCCACAUCGUGUGUAUGGAAAGAUGCACAUUCACUCAGCUAAAACAUAUUUUAAU